AUUACCAUGGCCGAGCAAAAGAAAAGUAAAUUAAGAGGGUGCAUCAAGACGACUACAGGCCCUUGGAUAGUCCACAAAGCUGGGAAAGAUGGAAGGCUUGUCACACGAUAUCGAUUCCCUUCGGAGAUUGAACGCCAAAAUAACAAAAGAAGGGAAUGCAAGCGACGAGCCGUGGCCAGACAGAUAUUUGCAGGCCUUCGAACUCAUGGAAAUUAUAAACUGCCUAAACAUGCUGAUUCCAAUGACUUGCUGAAGGCUCUUUGUGGAGAAGCGGGUUGGCACGUUGAAGAGGAUGGAACCAUUUCCAGAAAAAAUGUUCACUCGGACUUGUCAAGCUCAAGCUCUCCAAUGGUGUCAUUUGAAGUUCCUGAUUCUUGCACUUGUGAUGAUCGUGAAAAUGUAGAACACACCAACUACUUUGCCUCGAAAAAAGUCUCUUCAGCCAUGGAGCUCCUUCAUGAAGAAAAUACUAACCUCGCACUGUCAUUAUAAUCAUUACGGUCAUAUCAUUGAUAAUUUUAGAUAACUAGAUGUUGGAUCGAGGAAAGUAUCUACAUCUUUGUGAAUAUACUAUAGCUACGUUGAGAUA